UGACUCCUUCAUAAAGGGCUGGCUGUCACCAGAUCAUCACCCUCUCGACCUGCACGCAGAGCUGGACUAUCAUUCUCCUGAGCUGCGAGGAUAAAGAAGAGAAGGAAGAGCCAUGUCUCAUGGAUGGGGAUACGGAGCAGCUAACGGACCUCACAAAUGGGCGGAAGAUUUUCCGGUCGCCAAUGGGGCCAGACAGUCCCCCAUCGAUAUUGUCCCAAAAGAGGCUCAGUACGACUCUUCUCUGAGAGCCCUGAAACUCAGGUACGACCCCAGCAAUGCCAAGAGCAUCCUCAACAACGGACACUCCUUCCAGGUGGAUUUCGUGGAUGACUCUGACACUUCCACUCUGACCGGAGGUCCCAUUUCUGGAACGUACCGUCUGAGACAGUUUCACUUCCACUGGGGAGCCAGUGACGACAGAGGCUCCGAGCACACGGUCGACGGUGUCAAGUUUCCCUGUGAGCUUCACCUGGUGCACUGGAACACCAAGUACCCGAGCUUUGGAGAGGCUGCCAGUCAGCCUGAUGGACUUGCUGUGGUCGGGGUCUUUCUCAAGAUUGGUGCUGCCAACCCCAGGCUUCAGAGAGUUCUGAAUGCGUUGGAUACAAUUAAGACCAAGGGAAGGCAGACUGAUUUUGCUGCGUUUGAUGCAAAGUCUCUUCUUCCUGUUUCUGUGGAUUACUGGACCUACGAUGGCUCUUUGACCACUCCCCCCCUGUUGGAAAGUGUCACCUGGAUUGUUCUCAAGGAGCCAAUUAGUGUCAGUCCUGUACAAGUAAGUAACUCGUCACACACUUGGUGACUUCACUGAUGUGAA